ACAACAUCAAGAAGAGCAGACAGCAGCCUAAUUUAAAGGUGACUUCUUAGAAACUCUUCUCAGAAACUCAGAAACAAUGGGAAACUCAGCAACAAGCCCAAAGAUGCCUGCAUCAGCAGCAGUCUCACAGGUUUUCAACAUCAAUUCCUGGGAUUUGGGAAUUAACCAUAUUUUCCAGACAUUCUUCAGCCCGAACGCCAUGGAUAAUCUGAACAAGCAGUACAAUUAACAAAAACUGGAAGUAGGCAGCUACGCACCAAUCUGGACUAAGGGCCUAGUGACAAUCCUAGGGGGACUCAUCCGUAUACCAAAGGCAGCAGGCUUCAGGGCUUUAGUCAUAUCUAUAGUGAUAGAGAUAGUCACGGGUUCCAUCAAGAACCUGAUCCCAGAAGAGAACAGCACUGUUUGGAGGUUAAAUGACGAGACAGAGUCAUUGAUGCGAGUAACCAGUCUUGUUCAGCACAUUGCAAUGCAUCCGGGUAUAUCAAGCGCGCCGGUAAAAACACUGGUCUUGCAGUAAUUAACAUUUACCAACAGAUGGCAAAAACGUGCCAUCUUACACCCAUAACAUCUUCCCUUUUAUAAAAUAGGACAGGAGCUGUCAAUUCACUAACAAAAUAAACCUAGUAAUAAUAUCCAACAUGAACUGUUUAGGUUUUUUUCAGGUAUAAAAUAAACAACACAUUUGGAUAUUCUUCACUUUUCCCAUUUUUUUUAUUUUUAUUUUUAUAAUCUCUGUCAACAAUCCAUAAUAGGAAAUCUACAGAUUAAGUAUUUUAGGUGGCUCGGACAGCCGCCCACAGCGUGGAAAGACAGGGGGCUUUUCUGUGAGGACUGCGGGAUCACGCACAGGCGUGUCACCUGACUGUCUGAGGGGAGUAUUGAUGGGCAAAGGAGCGGCCGCCAUGUGAUCCCCUGGCUCUUCGGCCAGUACCUCAGGCCCCACGUAACUUGCUGGGGUUCCGUCCUUUUGUCAUGCGACCCCUAUGACUAUCAGGGUUCUGAAUAGGUGCUGGCUCAGCAACUCGAAGGUCAACCCCGUUACGGCGGUACAGUGAUCCAUUCACUUCGUCCAAGUAGGAGCGUGGUGCAACUUUCUGCACACAGGAUCCGAGUCUCCAGAGGCCCGUCCGGUCCCCUGGUAGUGGCUUCAUCCGCACCACUUCACCCAACCUGAGCUCAGACCUGGACGGAAGAGAGACUUCACCCCUUUGUCCUGGAGUCAAUACUUUGAAACGAUGGAAGAUGUAGAAGUGGAAAACGAUAAUGGCAAAGAUACGUUCAGAAUCUAUAGCAGCGGCCAGCAUGGUCCUGUGCUGCUCCUGCUUCAUGGAGGAGGCCACUCUGCUCUCUCCUGGGCUGUGUUCACUGAGGUGAUAUAUAGCAGAAUUAACUGCAGGGUGGUGGCUAUGGACCUCAGGGCCCAUGGUGACACCAAAGUAAAGAAUUCUGACGAUCUCUCAGCGGAAACAAUGGCCAAGGACAUUGGCAAAGUGGUUGAAGCACUCUAUGGAGAAAACCCGCCUCCGAUCAUGAUGAUUGGACACAGCAUGGGUGGAGCUAUAGCAGUUCAUACCGCUGCAGCCAACCACGUGCCAUCGUUACUUGGCCUUUGUGUCAUUGAUGUCGUGGAAGGCACAGCAAUGGAUGCCUUGAACAGUAUGCAGAAUUUCCUCAGGAGUCGACCAAAGACCUUUAAGUCUGUGGAGAAUGCCAUUGAGUGGAGUGUGAAGAGUGGACAGAUCCGAAACGUUGAGUCAGCCCGGGUGUCCAUGGGAGGCCAGGUGAAAAAAUGUGAGGAACCCCUCAACAGUCCAGUUGUCUCCAAGAGCAUCGGCGAAGUCAUCAUUGAAGAGGAGGAGGAGGAAGAAGAGGAAGGAGAAUCCAACCACAAAAGGAAGAAGGAGGACGACCAAGAGGUGAAGAAGGAGAGCCUCUAUACCUGGCAGAUUGAUCUGUCAAAGACAGAGAAGUACUGGGAGGGCUGGUUUAGUGGACUGUCUGCCCUCUUCCUGUCCUGCCCUGUGCCAAAACUGCUCCUACUCGCUGGUGUGGACAGGCUUGAUAAAGAUCUCACAAUUGGACAGAUGCAAGGGAAGUUCCAGAUGCAGGUGCUCCCUCAGUGUGGCCAUGCUGUCCAUGAGGACGCCCCUGAAAAAGUAGCAGACGCUCUGGCCUCGUUCAUGGUCCGUCACAAGUUCACUGAAUUCAAGGAGGGUUUCCUGUGCUAAUGAGAAUGGGAUCCAAAUAAAUAGUAAACUGCAUAGAAAAGUCCCAGUUUUGCCCUGGACCCAAACAGCACUCAUGGAGGAGUUGCCUGGAGCCUCGUGGACACCAUCUUCUGCCAAUUACUCCCAACUGGGAGAAAAUAGAUCAGUAUAAAUUAAAUAAACAUGAGCACUAUACAACUGCAAAAUUCUCAGCACUUUGGUUCUUAAAUUUAAAUUAGCUUUUGUAAUUAAUUAUUACUUUGAGAAAUGUACAUGUAGAUCUUUUGCCACUUAUAGCUUUGCCUUUUUUUUUUUAAGAAUGCAGGGAUUUGGUUUCACCCAUCCCACUCAACCUUUUUUAUUUUCAUUUCCUGUGAUGGCUUGCCUGUUUCUUGUUCAAUUUUGGGUAACUCCAUCAUGUCGUGCUCUGUGUUUAACAUCCUUGGAUUUUAAGAAUUAUGAUUAAAAAUGCAUAAGGAAAAUCUC